UCAGUCCAGUAGUAGUAGAAAGUUUCCCUGAAAUGAGAAAUAAAUAAGAAAGAAAGUGCGGCUCGGCAGCGGUGGAUCUUCGUGCGCUUCGUAGUAGCGGGAAAACAAUCGGCGAAGUGAGAGCAGCUUCUGUGGCUCCUUUUCGGGAUAGAUUUUCAGUAAUGGCUCGUGGACAUCAGAAAGCCCAGUCUCAAGCAAAAAACCUUGCCAAACAGGCAGCCAUCAAGUCAAAACAGGGCCACAAUGCCAAUGCCCAGAAGAAAGCAGCUGCCAAGGCCCUCACCUACCAGUGCCCUGUUUGUCGGAGCAUGAUGCCAGACCCCAAGACGUUUAAGCAACACUUUGAGAACAAGCAUCCAGGUGCUCCCAUGCCUGAGGAACUCAAGGACAUCUGAUGCAAUGAAACGAAGAGCUGAGGUUGAACUUGCACACUGUUGGGGCUCCAGCAAGACGUGACCCGUCGUCAUCUGAAUUGUCGGCAGUGUUUUAAAAUAUGAAUCUACUGAUCAGGAUGAAAUAAUUAUUUGGAAAAGGGUGUGAGAGGCCAGGAUUUUAAAGCCAAUCCAAGAUUUCUGACUUAGAUUUUCUACUCAGGUGUACACAUUUUAUUUUCUUCACUAUCUUGGAAAUGCUAACCAAAACUAUUGUUAAUUUCAGUAGAGUUUAAACUUGAUUUUUAGUAGUUUCAAGACUCAAUAAAAUCAGUUUUCCUUUACUUAGCCUCAAUUUUUUUUCUUUGUAGUUUAUAUAGAGAUAUGUUUGUUUCUAAGAUUCUCAAAAUCAGGAAAUUACACAUUGUAUUGGCUUAUAUUACAACUUUGGCAGAAAAAACAAAAAUGUACGACGACACAACCUAUUGACUUGCAAAAGAAGUCAGAAUUAUAAGAAUAUACAUUUGAUGAUAGUCUGUGAUAUUUAAACCAAAAUGCAUGUUCAUUUCAUCAUUUUAACAUCGGGCCCGUUGCUGUCCCCCUCCGUGGUGCAAACAUUGGACUCGGCUGCUCGCUUCAUUUAAAGUUAUCUGGUAGGAGCUAAUGCUGCUACUUGACAUUGAAAUGGAUUUGUUUUCUUCUUUUCUUUCUUUUUCUUCUUUCUUUUCUUUCUGUCUGUCUUUUUCUUUUUUUCUUUUGUGUCAAUAAUUUUCUUCUUUUUUUCUGGGAAUCCCUGGGUAUUUAUUUAGGAGCCCAUGAUAUGUCCCUUUAGAAUAUGCCUCAACUUUUUUUGAUAAUCUUUUGUCAGAUUUUCUUAAAAGCUCCUUAUUUUACCUCAUGUCUAGAACAGUUUGUUAUUGAAAAGGAAGACAAAUUAUAAAAUAAAAACAGACAAACAAAAAAAAAUACAUGAAACAUUCUGUAUGUGACCUGUGACCACCCAUGGUUUUACCUGAAGUGAAUUUCAGUGUUCGACCCUGAGGCCUUUGCAUAGGCCCUGUCAUUAUAUCUCUGGUAAGUAACAUGUAGAUGAUGCUAAGAAGACAUUAUCUCCAUAGGCAUUUGGUCCUCAUUGCUUAUCUAGCAAGUUUUUCUUAGUAUUUCUUUAAUUGAGAAUUCAGCAAGCACCUGCAGUCACAGGUGGUCUCUCUCCUGUCUUUGCUUGGUUAAAACUUCAGUUUCUGUCUCUCUGCCUCCUCCUUCACAUCACCCAUUCCAGUUUUUGGCUAAUAUUCAGAGAACGAGAGGCUUUGUGGAGGUGCACUUUCUUCUGGGUGCAGCUCUCACAGCCUCUGUUUCCUGAAUUUCAGGUCAAGCUUCUCCAGAGGACCAACUUGUCCCUCUGUGACUUAUUGUAUGACUUAAUGCAGACUCCCUUUUUUAUUAUUAUGAUUAUUCCUUUCUCACAUGCGAAGGCCAUUUGUUUGUUGAGAAAUUGUCAUCCUGGGUUCCUUUGCUUGGUUUUGUGCAUCUGAAAGUGUACUGUACUUUUUUCUCUCAUUAUUUUCAAAGGAAUCCCAAAUAGUCUGGAGAUCUUGCUGUCAUUGCCAUAAGUGUCAUCCCAUACACCAAGUAAAAACAUUAUUAGCUCAAGGUUUUAUUAUAUUUUAUAUAUAAUCCAUGUAAAUCAUGGGGAUAAUAAAAGUGUUACCACAAA